UAUUUAUUCUCUGCUAUUAAUCUUUGUUUUGCCUUUCAACUGUGAAAUCAAACAUGCGAUUGGCCAUCGAGUUGUCAGUAUUUUGAAAAAUGUUGCGUAUGGAAAGUCUGUAAGACAGAGCACAAAUUAUCUUCAUUUCAAAGCUGCUGAUGCUGUCAACGAUGUCUACACAGACUUCAGCCAUACAAAACUUGAAAAAAAAUCCAUGGAUUAGAAUCGAUCUUGGAAGGGAAUACACAGUUCAUGAAGUAGAACUAUUUAAUAGAAAAGACUGCUGUGCUGAACUACUUCACGACAUUGAUAUAAGUGUUGGCACUGAUUUACACGCAAUGAAUUUCUGUGGCCAUUUUGCUGGACCUUCUACCCGAGGAGGGGAGCGGAUAGCUGUGUUUUGUCCAUAUCAUACAUCUAGAUCUGGUCGAUAUGUUCAGAUACAGAGUGUGGAGGGAUGGGGAAACUAUCUCUCUGUUGCAGAAGUCAAAGUUUGGGGGCAUUAGUAGUUGUAAU